ACCCAACUGAUGCUGUACACAUGCAUCUCCUCGACCACCGCACCAUGACUGCCAAGGUGCUCCUCCUGCUGGCGCUGGUGGCAGCCGUCGCCGCCGAGGCUUCCUAUGGGGACUCAGAUGAAUCCUAUGAAUCCCACGAGUCUUACGAGUCCGAAGAGCCAGCAUACAAUUAUAACUACCAAGUGAAGGACUACUACGGCAACAAUUUCGGCCACGGGGAGCAGCGAUACGGCGAAGUGACACAAGGCUCCUACUACAACCACCUGCCCGACGGCCGCCUGCAGACAGUCAAUUACGCGGUGGACGGCUACUCUGGCUUCCUGGCCGACGUCAACUACGAGGGCGAGGCUCACUACGACUCUGGCUCCUACGAGUCCGGCGAACACUACAGGCCGACCUACCGUGCAGGCUCUGAUGAAUCGGGAGAGUCCUACGAGUCCACAUCGUACUACAGGCCAGGCUACUACAGACCCAGAUACUCCUUCGGCUCACACGAGUCUGGCGAGUCCAGAUUUGGCUUUGGCUCUGGGGAGUCUCGUGAGUCAGGAGAGUCCAGGUUCUCCUUUGGUUCAGACGAGUCCCGUGAGUCCGGAGAGUACUACAGGCCAAGGUACGGCGCGCCACGAUACUAUAGGCCACGAUACUCCGGGCCACGGUACUACAGGCCACGAUACUCCGGGCCACGGUACUACAGGCCACGGUACUACAGGCCACGGUACUCCUUUGGGUCACUGGAGUCUGGCGAGUCCAGAUUUGGGUUCGGUUCUGAUGAAUCCAUAGAAUACAGGUUUGGUUCCGGCUCGAGGGAAUCCCGUGAGUCCGGCGAGUCCAGGUUCUCCUUUGGUUCCGACGAGUCACGUGAGUCCGGCGAGUCCAGGUUUGGAUUCGGUUCGGACGAGUCCCGUGAGUUCGGAUCGUUCUACAGGCCAAGGUACGGAGGGGCACGUUUCUCCUUUGGAUCCGGCGAGUCUGGAGAGUCCAGAUUCGGUUUUGGUUCCGAUGAGUCCGGCGAAUACCGUGGUUACUACAGGCCAAGGUACUCCCGGCCCAGGUACUACAGGCCCAGGUACUACAGGCCCAGGUACUACUCCCGCAACACCAGGUACGGCCAGGGCUCCCGUAGGUCCUACAGGCCGAGAUAUUACCGUCGCUUCCGUGGCUUUGGGUCUGGUGAGUCCGGCGAGUCUUACAAGUACUAGACCAGCGGCGCCCCUCGCGGAGUCACGAGGAGUCAACGCCAACGCAGCGGGAACACCUCGCUCCGCCCCUCAUCAUACCUUCCUAUUACCUGUCUUGUCUUAAUCAGAUCUCAAUUGAUAUAUUGUAUUACGUAGAAGAAUUAAAUAUAUUUAUUCUGUCAGUAAAUAUUCUGUUAUUAGCA